AUGGGCUUCACCACAGGCUUUCUGGGUGGAGCAACACUAACCUACUCUCUUCUCUACCUUUCUCUAUACGUUCACCGCGCAAACCGCAAUGUUCAACGCACACUCCUGUCCCAACAAGCCACGCUACUAAACUCCGUCGUGGAACCCGCACCCCCCUUGCCUGAUCCCCCAGCAUACGAAGUCCGCCGAGCUGGAAUUAUAGAAGAGCUCAAGGACAGGUGGAAUAGAGAGGUGGCGAGAAUAGUCAAGAAUGUGGAGGAGACUGACUGGUCGAGCGUGAGGGAAGACGUCGAAGAGAAAGUGGGCAAUGUCUGGGCUAGAAUGAGACAAUCGCAGACCGGCAAGGAGGUGGAAGACAAGGUGAAGGAGGUGGUGGAUGUUGGAAAGGAGAAGGUGGAUGAGUUGGUGGGUGCUGGAAAGCAGAAAGUCAAGGAAGAGACGACACAGGAACCGACAAGGCUUUUGGAGUUGAAAUGA